AUGGCUUGGCGGCUGCGGUCAGGACAUCACAGAACCAAACAAGCUAUCAUAUCAAUAUACCAGAUGGAAAGCUUGGUAGUUCCUUGUCAAGAAAUUCAAAUAAAAAUCGAUUACCCGACAUCCAGAAGGAAAAGGAGAUAUACUAACCUCGCUGAUGCCGAGCCCAUUGUUCUGAUGUCUGUUUUAAGUAGUCUCCACGCUGGAUAUUUCAGAAUAAGCCUUUCACUUUGUAGCCAAGCUUUAUUGUGGAAGACAAUGGUCCAUUUGCAUAGCGAUCUCCCGUCUAUGGCGUCUUAUCUCCUGUGGUAUCUAGCACUUGCAACACAAGUAUCACUCUGUUUUCUGUAUACCUUCAAGUGUAUUUUCUUCUUUAACUUGGUGAAGGAGGAGUUCACACAUUAUAUUGGAGUGAACUAUCUUUACGCACCUUCCAUUUCAUGCCUUCUCUUGCUUCAGUCAGCUCCUAUGCUGGAACCACACAGUGUUUUAUAUCAGACACUAUUCUGGUUGUUUGCUGCUCCGGUCUUGACCCUCGACACAAAGCUUUAUGGCCAAUGGUUCACAACAGAAAAGAGGUUUUUGUCGAUAAUGGCAAACCCGGCAAGCCAAGUAUCAGUUAUAGCAAACCUAGUGGCUGCAAGGGGAGCAGCAGAGAUGGGUUGGAGAGAGUGUGCGUUAUGCUUGUUCUCUCUAGGGAUGGUUCACUAUUUAGUAAUAUUUGUUACACUUUAUCAACGCUUACCAGGUGGAAACAACUUCCCAACCACGUUAAGGCCAGUGUUCUUCUUGUUCUUUGCUGCACCAGCCACGGGAAGUCUAGCUUGGAACUCUAUAUGUGGAACCUUCGAUACAGUAGCGAAGAUGUUAUUCUUCCUUUCACUCUUCAUCUUCGUAUCCCUAGUUUGUAGGCCAACUCUUUUGAAGAAGUCGAUAAAAAGAUUCAAUGUUGCAUGGUGGGCUUACUCGUUCCCAAUCACUUUUCUUGCUUUGGACUCGGUUCAGUAUGCGCAAGAGGUGAAAUACCACGUCGCUUCUGCAUUGAUGUUUUUAUUCUCUUCCAUCUCAGUUUUGAUUUUCCUCGGUGUAAUGUUGCUGACAGCAGCAAACAGCAAAAGACUGCUCAGACGUGAUCCUGUCCUCUGGAAGGCCCAUCGACCAUCGUGUCUUAAAUGCACAUAUGCAAACUCUUUCUCGUCUUCUUCGUCUCCCUCAAGCUUAGGAUUCCGAGCCACGAACAAGGAGUUAAACCAGAUGAUACGAUCAGGCUACAUCACCGAAGCUAGAAAAAUAUUCGAGAAACUAGAGGCGAGAAACACAGUGACGUGGAACACAAUGAUAAGCGGGUACGUAAAAAGAAGAGAAAUGACUCACGCACGUAACCUGUUCGACGAAAUGCCUGAGAGAGACGUCGUCACUUACAACGCCAUGAUCUCGGGAAACUUCGUGUCGUGGAACUCAAUGAUCAAAGCAUACUUGAAAGCCAGUGAUUUGGUCUCUGCUCGGUUGUUGUUCGAUGAGAUGAGAGACAGAGAUACCAUUUCUUGGAACACAAUGAUCGAUGGGUAUGUACAUGUGUCUAUGAUGGAUGAAGCUUUGUAUCUGUUCUCGGAGAUGCCGAACAGAGAUACACAUUCGUGGAACAUGAUGGUGUCUGGUUAUGCUAGUGUUGGUGAUUUAGAGCUAGCUCGUGGUUACUUUGAAAGAACGCCUGAGAAAAACAUAGUUUCGUGGAACUCGAUUAUAGCAGCUUAUGAGAAGAACAAGGAUUACAAAGAAGCUGUUGAUGUGUUUCUGAGAAUGAACAUUGAAGGAGAGAAGCCUGACCCACAUACUCUAACUUCUCUUCUCAGUGUCUCAACAGGGCUUGUGAAUCUGCGGUUAGGAAUCCAGAUGCACCAAAUCGUGCUCAAGACUGUGAUCCCUGACGUGCCAGUCCACAAUGCUCUUAUCACUAUGUAUUCUAGAUGCGGGGAUAUAAUGGAUUCGAGGAGAAUCUUUGAUGAAAUGAGAGUAAAAAGAGAAGUGAUCACAUGGAAUGCAAUGAUAGGAGGGUAUGCUUUUCAUGGUAAUGCUUCAGAGGCUUUGAAUCUGUUCUGGUCAAUGAAACACAACGGGAUACAUCCUUCACAUAUAACAUUUGUCUCGGUUCUGAACGCGUGUGCUCAUGCGGGACUAGUUGAUGAGGCUAGAGCACAGUUUAUGUCCAUGGUAAGUGAGUACAAGAUCCAGCCUCAGAUGGAACAUUAUUCUUCACUGGUCGAUGUAAUCAGUAGACAAGGGCAGUUUGAGGAGUCCAUGGAUGUGAUAAAUAGUAUGCCUUUUGAGGCGGAUAAGACUGUAUGGGGUGCGUUGUUGGAUGCUUGUAGGAUUUAUAGCAAUGUUGGGCUUGCACAUGCUGCAGCUGAAGCAAUGUCGAGACUUGAACCAGAGAGCUCGACACCUUAUGUACUGUUGUAUAACAUGUAUGCUGACAUGGGACUAUGGGAUGAAGCUUCUCAAGUGAGAGUGACGAUGGAGAGUAAGAGAAUUAAAAAGGAAAGAGCAUCAAGUUGGGUUUGAUCCCAUUGGUCAGAUAAGAAACUGGUUUCAAUACUAUUGGAGCUGCAAGAAGAAGCCUAUGGAGUUUCGAAUCAGAGGAGAAAGAAGAACAAGGAAAACACAUGUCACUGGAGAGAAACAUUAAACUUCUUCUCUCCAUCUAGAGAAGAGCGGACGAAGUCUAUGAUGAUCAAGAUUGUUGUUGAUAAUAUGAUAUGAUCGUAGCAGAGUAGUGACAUGGUCUUGUGCUUCUCUGAAUAGUGAUUAGGAGAAUCUUGACACUUUUCGAAAGAUCAGAGCGUUUGAUUUCCUUUCUUAGCUCAUACAUGAUCCCAAUUUUAGCUAAUCCUCAACUCAUUCGGG